CAGUGUUUUCAACACGACGUCGAGUAUCUACGUCACCGCUUGAGUGAGGAGAAGAGGUUUCGAUUGAUACAGAAAUGGAAACAUUGUUUCAUUCGCACAAAUAAAUGUUAGUUUACUAACAUCGUGCAUUGCGAUUACAUCGGAUAAACCAUCUUCGACGAUUGCAGGGCAUCAGUGAGUACAAGAAGAAAUUUAAACACCGGGUAGCGCGCUCCAGAAGCGCCUCUCCUCAGCGACGGAUGCCCUUAGCUGGACUUCGAUCUGACCAGAUGGGUAUCAGUCGAGAGCCUCAGUUUCUGUCCAAGAGGAAGGUGCCCUCCUCCCACACGCUCCAGGUAUCCAGCUCCUUCCAAUGGAACCCCACCACCACACAGCCCCCACAGAGACGGGAUGAGACCCCCAGACCUGGUACCUCUCCCCUGGCUCCUACCCCAGAGAGAGUCCACACCCCUCUGGCCCCUAGGGGUCCCCCUCCUCCAGGGGACCCCCAACGAGGCCCGACCACUCUUCAGGGCCAGACCAAUAACCGGAGCCCCCUGGCUACUGUAGAGAGACAGGACCAAGCUUUCAAUGGGGUUGACCAUGUGUUGAGGAGGAAGGCAGGGCUGAAGUCGUCUGGACAGAGGACUGGAUUACAGAACUCAGAGUACAGGAAACAGUUUCCGUGGAAGACACCUGUAGCUGGCCACGCCUCCCCACUGCUGGCUGCAGAACAGAUGCUGUACACCAGCCACCGGUCCAUCCCUCCCUUCAAGUCUAACCCGGUGGUGGUGUUGGAGAGUGAGUACAGCAGGAACUUUAAAGCUUCUCCUCCUCCCAGAGGACCACGGCUACGCAGCGAUGUAGACGGGGACCAGGUACCUCUGUUCCAGAGAGAGAAUGUUUCACCUGAGAAAGCAUCAAAGAGCAAGCGUAAGAAGAAGAGGGAAGAGAGAGAGAGAAAGUCCAGCAUCGUAGAGGAGAACAUUCCAGUUCCACAGCCUCAGGAGCAGCAGGCGGACCAGGAAGUGAAGUCACAGAGCCCCCAGAAGGCACAUCUUCCCCACAGAAAGGUGAAAUCAGAGUAUAACGCCAACUUCCGCUCUCCGCUGAACUACAUAUAUAAGGACGGAGCCUGGGUCAAGGCUACCACGGUAGGAGAGGAGGGGCGUGACAGUCAGCAUAGUCACGUUUGGUAUCACGAGGUGCAAGAGCUUCGUAAGAAGGCAGAGGCCUACAGACAGAGGGCGUGGGGGACCCAUUUCUCCCGCCUCCACCUCAACCAGAUCCUGUCAGACCAGAACCAGCUGUGGGAGGCCUCCACCCCUUCCUCCUCUAACCUCAGCUCUGGGACAGGUUCAGGGGACCGGGAGGAAGACAGCAGCAGGAGCCCUACCCCCCAGGCUCUGGAGCUCGCUAGGGUUGACAGUAGCUCCAGCUCCGUAGCCGGACCCCCCCCCCUCACCCCUGUGUCCAGUAGAAGGAGCUCCCCCCGGGUGGCUGGGAACACAGCAGGCCCCCCUGGUCACCCUAACCCUGGAGCCCUUACCCUACCUGUUCAGAGGAGACUAGCCUGGGAGGAGGAGACAGGGGCUGGGGGUGGAACGGGGAGAAGGAAGAGGAGAAGAGAGAGGAAGAAGAGGAGAAAGAGAGAAAGGAGAGAAAGGAUGAGCUGAGGGUGCUGGACCAUCAUUCGUCGUCUGUAGCAGGCUCCCACAGUUCCAGAGAGGGUGGCAGGAUGCCCACACCCACACUGCAAAGGAUCGCUACUGUUCAGAGAACUCACCACGACCUGACUACUCCAGCUACUGGUAACCUAGCGACGACCUGACUACUCCAGCCACUGGUAACCUAGCAACGACCUGACUACUCCAGCCACUGGUAACCUAGCAACGACCUGACUACUCCAGCCACUGGUAACCUAGCAACGACCUGACUACUCCAGCCACUGGUAACCUAGCAACGACCUGACUACUCCAGCCACUGGUAACCUAGCAACAACCUGACUACUCCAGCCACUGGUAACCUAGCAACGACCUGACUACUCCAGCCACUGGUAACCUAGCAACGACCUGACUACUCCAGCCACUGGUAACCUAGCAACGACCUGACUACUCCAGCCACUGGUAACCUAGCAAAUAUAUUG